GUCUGCGUCACAGGUGAUGGACCACAGAGUCCAUGUAGUGCCUUUGGUCGGACUUUUGCGCAAACAACAAAACCGCAGUGUCCAAUUACAAUUUAUACGUUAGCAUUUUUAAUUCGCGUUGGAGAUAGGAUUUGGUUGACAUAUGUUAUUUAGGCAACGCUAGCUAGCUGCUAACAAUGACUAACUAUAUGGUUUUUCACACUCAAAUAGCCUCCGUCAUGGAGGUGCUGGCGAAUGCAGCCGUGGCAGAGAUCUGUAAACUCGUAGACGACGACUAUGCAGUGUUUCGUUUGGAAAUAACUCAAAGCCAGAAAGAAAACAGGACAUUGCGGAGGAAACUACAGCUACUGGAACUGAAGGUGGCACGGGAGCGCGCAGAGAGGACAAUGCGAGAGCGCGUCCCCGCCAGUCGUACCAGUAGUGUCAAGAUCCUCGAUCGGUACAGAGGAAUGGCAAGAGGUGAAGGACAUCUCACUGGAGGCCACAGGAGCUUUGUGAAGCCAGUGGAACACACUACAUGGAGAGAUGACCAACCAAUCACUGUUGAUGAGAGGAGUGUAACCUCAACCCAUCAAGUUAUCAUGAUAGAGUCUGCAGAUGCAGAAGCUGCAGGUCCUGGGGUUAAGCAGGAGAUGGCUGAAGGAGAAGAGGACCCACGGCACAGCAGAGACAUCCAGACUGCAGUGGCUGGAGCGCCCCCUGUAGCCACAGAGGACCCCACCACCGCCCCAGUGCAGCCCUGCAGCAUCACAGAGGUCAGUGGAACGCCGGACACCAUCUUCAAGACAGAGACAUACCCCAAGACUUCAACGGGGCUGGGGCGACUGGGCUGUCCUCCUGCUCCCCACUCAGAGUAUUUACUUUAUGGUAACCAUAGCCCGACAACGGUUUUGUCCCGUCAGGACCCAAGUGACUCGUUACAGACUGUCAAUGAUCCGUCCUGUACAUACGCUACAGAGACACAGAUGAUACCUGGUGACAUGCCUGUGGGCUUAGAUACACAGACUAAUCCAAUGAGAGGGAACUGGAACCAGUACAGUAGUAGUGUAUAUUCUGAAAAGUGCCUGGAUGAGAAAAGGGAUGGUCUGGCCUUAGAUGAUGUGACUGUGAAAGUGGAGGAUGACGCUCUGAAAUGGAAUGAAGACGAGACUCAUUUAGGAGAAGGACACUCGCAGGGCAACAGCAGUGACUUCUUAGACUACAGGGAAAGCUUGGAGACAAAUCUAAAUGUUGGGACCCACUCCCCUUUACACGCGUUCAGGGAUCACAACCCAGUGUCCACGUCAAUGGGGCCUUCCGAUUCACACAGCCAUGUCCUUUUCGAUCAGGUAUUGGAUUCAAACGACAGGGUUAGAGCCCAGGCUCUGGGUGGGGGAGCAACAUCAGGAAAAAGUAAAGAGAAACGGUUCCUCUGCGCGUUCUGUAACAAAGGCUUCAGCUGCCCCCAGAAGGUGGAGAUCCACCAGAGGGUCCACACAGGGGAGAAACCCUACAGCUGUACCCAGUGUCAUAUUCGCUUUGCCCAGGCUGGUGACCUGAAGAGGCACCAGAGGGUCCACACAGGGGAGAAACCCUUCAGCUGUACCCAGUGUAACAUGCGCUUUGCCCAUGCUGGCAACCUGAAGAGACACCAGAGGGUCCACACAGGGGAGAAAUAAUACAGCUGAGAAGAGAUUCUACCGCCAGCACCAGCUGAAGAUGCACCUGAAGGUCCACACGGGAGGGAGGUGGUUCGCACUGCAGGACAAGGUUCUCAGAGAGGAGUUACCUCAGGAUACAACAGCAGAACCAUUCCACUCGAUAGCUUCUGACGUUUAGAUCAAACCCUCCAUUAAAGACAAAGAUGAAUUGUCAAAAUAUCCGCAGUUGCAUUUGGAAUUACGAGUAACAUAUUUUAGUGUUGAAUAUUCGGGAGGAAUGUUGCUUCCAGACGUGUGAUAUACACUGAGUGUACAAAACAUUAGGAACAACUGCUCUUUCCAUGAAUGCAGGUGAAACCUACAGUAUGACCCCUUAUUCAUGUCACUUGUUAAAUUCACUUCAAUCAGUGUCGAUGAAGGGCAGCAGACAGGUUAAAGAAUAUUUUUUUAAGCCUUGAGACAAUUGAAACAUGGAUUAUGUAUGUGUGGCGUUCAGAGGGUGAAUGGGCAAGACAAAAGAUUUAAGUACGGGGUAUGUUAGUAAGUGCUGGGCGCAACUGUUUGAGUGUGUCAAGAACUGCAACGCUGCUGUUGCCCGUGUGUAUCAAGAAUGAUCCAACACCCGAAGAACAUCCAGCCAACUUGACACAACUCUGGAAGCACUGGAGACCAUUUGAGUCCAUGCCCUGACGAAUUGAGGAUGUUCUGAUGGCAAAAAGGGGUGUAACUCCAUAUUAGGAAGGUGAUCCUAUUGUUUUGCGUACUCAGUGUAUAAGGCAUAUAUAAGCCUAAAAUAAUGUGUUAGUACUGUAUGGGCCAGUGGUUCCCAACUCCAGUCCUCGAGUACUCCCAACAGCACACAUUUGUUGUAGCCCCAGACAAAAAAAAACAGUUGAAUCAACUCAUUAACUAUGUUUCCAUUAGUUUGCCCAGAGAUUUUUCAUUGACAUUUAAAAAGUUUGCGUAGAAAAUAGAUGUGACAGUUGCCUAUUGCAGUGCGUUUCCAUUGAACUGUCUUGUCGAUCAAAAACAGCAGACGUAAUAUGACUUCACAUCAAGAAAAAGUAUCAGUCAAAAGUUUGGACACACCUACUCAUUCAAGGGUUUUUCUUUUGUUUUGACUAUUUUCUACAUUGUAGAAUAAUAGUGAAAACAUCAAAACUAUGAAAUAACACGUAUGGAAUCAUGUAGUAACCAAACAAAACAAUAUAUUUUAGAUUCUUCGAAGUAGUCACCCUUUGCCUUGAUGACAGCUUUGCACACUCCGAAAUAUCACAUAUCACAUUUACAUAAGUUUUCAGACCCUUUACUCAGUACUUUGUUGAAGCACCUUUGGCAGCGAUUACAUCCUUGUGUCGUCUUGGUUAUGACGCUACAAGCUUGGAACACCUGUAUUUGAGGAGUUUCUCCCAUUCUUCUCUGCAGAUCCUCUCAAGCUCUGUCAGGUUGGAUGGGGAGCGUCGCUGCACAGCUAUUUUCAGGUCUCUCCAGAGAUGUUCGAUUGGGUUCAAGUCCGGGCUCUGGCUGGGCCACUCAAGGACAUUCAGAGACUUGUCCCAAAGCCACUCCUGCAUUGUCUUGGCUGUGUACUUUUUAAAUUAAAAUGUAUUUAACCUUUAUUUAACCAGGUAGGCUAGUUGAGAACAAGUUCUUGUUUACAACUUCGACCUGGUCAAGAUAAAGCAAAGCAGUGCGACACAAACAACAACACAGAGUUACACAUGGAAUGAACAAACAUACAGUCAAUAACACAAUAGAAAAAGUCUAUAUACAGUGUGUCAAAUGAGGUAAAAUAAGGGAGGUAAGGCAAUAAAUAGGCCAUGGUGCCAAAAUAAUUACAAUUUAGCAAUUUAACAUGAGUGACAGAUGUGCAGAAGAUACAUGUUCAAGUAGAGAUGCUGGGGUGCAAAGGAGCAAAAAUAAAUAAAUAACAGCAUGGGGAUGAGGUAAUUCGAUGGGCUAUGUACAGGUGCAGUGAUCUGUGAGCUGUUCUGACAGCCGGUGCUUAAUGUUAGUGAGGGAGAUAAGAGUCUCCAGCUUCAGUGAUUUUUGCAAUUAGUUCUAGUCAUUGGCAGCAGAGAACUGGAAGGAAAGGCGACCAAAGUAGGAAUUGGCUUUGGGGGUGACCAGUGAAAUAUACCUGCUGGAGCGCGUGGUACUAUGGUGCUGCUAUGGUGACCAGUGAGCUGAGAUUAGGCGGGGCCUUACCUAGCAAAGACUUCUAGAUGACCUGGAGCCAGUGGGUUUGGCGACGAAUAUGAAGCGAGGGCCAGCCAACGAGAGCAUACAGGUCGCAGUGGUGGGUAGUAUAUGGGGCUUUGGUGACAAAACAGAUGGCACUAUGAUAGACUACAUCCAGUUUGCUGAGUAGAGUGUUGGAGGCUAUUUUGUAAAUGACAUCGUCGAGGAUCGGCAGGAUAGUCAGUUUUACGAGGGUAUGUUUGGCAGCAUGAGUGAAGGAUGCUUUGUUGCGAAAUAGGAAGCCGAUUCUAGAUUUAAUUUUGGAUUGUAGAUGUUUAAUGUGAGUCUGGAAGGAGAGUUUACAGUCUAACCAGACACCUAGGUAUUUGUAGUUGUCCACAUAUUCUAAGUCAGGACCGUCCAGAGUAGUGAUGCUGGAUGGGCGGGCAGGUACGGGCAGCGAUCGGUUGAAGAGCAUGCAUUUAGUUUUACUUGCAUUUAAGAGCAGUUGGAGGCCACGGAAGGAGAGUUGUAUGGCAUUGAAGCUCGUCUGGAGGUUAGUUAACACAGUAUCCAAAGAAGGGCCAGAAGUAUACAGAAUGGUGUUGUCUGUGUAGAGGUGGAUCAGAGAGUCACCAGCAGCAAGAACGACAUCAUUGAUGUAUACAGAGAAAAGUGGUACUUAAGGUCGUUGUUCUGUUGGAAGGUGAACCUUCACCCCAUAAAGGCCUGAUUGGUGGAGUGCUGCAGAGAUGGUUGUCCUUCUGGAAGGUUCUCCCAUCUCCACAGAGGAACUCUAGAGCUCUGUCACUAACCAUCGGGUUCUUGGUCAUCUCCCUGACCAAGGCCCUUCUCCCCCGAUUUCUCAGUUUGGCCGGGCGGCCAGCUCGAGGAAGUCUUGGUGAUGCCAAACUUCUUCCAUUUAAGAAUGAUGGAGCACACUGUGUUCUUGGGGACCUUCAAUGCUGCAGAAAUGUUUUGGUACCCUUCCCCAGGUUUUUCCUUCGACCUUAUGGAUUGGUUUUUGCUUUGACACACACUGUCAACUGUGGGACCUUUUAUAUAGACGGGUGUGUGCCUUUCCAAAUCAUGUCCAAUCAAUGAAUUUACCACAGUUUUUUUACUACAAUUUUUGUAGAAACAUCUCGGAUGAUCAAUGGAAACAGGAUGCACUUGAGCUCAAUUUUGAGUCUCAUAGCAAAGGGUCUGAAUACUUAUGAAAAUAAUGUAUUUUUGUUUUUAAAUUUGCAAAAAUGCCUAAACCUGUUUUCAGUUUGUCAUUAUGGGGUAUUGUGUGUAGAUUGCUAAGAUUUUUUUUCAAUUUAAAAUUACAUUUUAGAGUAAAUCUGUAACGUAACAAAAUUUGGAAAAAGUCAAUGGGUCUGAAUACUUUCCGAAGGCACUGUAUAUAGCAACACCCCCCCCCCCCAUAAGCAUUCCUGUCUCUUCUAUAGAUGUUAUACUUGUAUUACUACUGCUGUAUCAUCAAAGGAAUUAUCUAAGUGAGUCUCAAUUUUUUUCUUUUUUUUUCUUUUUUUAUUUCACCUUUAUUUAACCAGGUAGGCUAGUUGAGAACAAGUUCUCAUUUGCAACUGCGACCUGGCCAAGAUAAAGCAUAGCAGUGUGAACAUACAACAACACAGAGUUACACAUGGAGUAAACAAUAAACAAGUCAAUAACAUGGUAGGAAAAAGAGAAUCUAUAUACAAUGUGUGCAAAAGGCAUGAGGUAGGCAAUAAAUCGAAUAAUUACAAUUUAGCAGAUUAACACUGGAGUGAUAAAUCAUUAGAUGAUCAUGUGCAAGAAAUGGCUAAUAUAUGAAUGCUAUCUAAUGUUAGCAAGUUAUUGAUUUCAUUAUCCUUAUUUCUAAGGCUACAUAUAUUAAUGAGUAUUUUUUUGCCCUUUCUUGGGUAGCUUCUCAGAGACAUACAUAAUAUGGAAAAGAACAAACAAAGAAAGAGAGAAAAAAAACAUUCAGCAGUCCAUUAAUCAAUUGGUGUGUGUGUGUUUUCUGUGGGUGGACAAUAAGCCUGUCAUAGUGGAUGUAAGCAAUGUACCCACACGCUUUGGCAGCUUUCAUGGCUGGGACAAGUUAUUUUCUCUUCUGGCGCACAGCUUCAAGAACUUGAAGAAUUUUGAAGAGAAUAAUAGGCAAUUGUUGGUUAACCCAGGUGUGGAAAGCUCUUAGAUUUACCCGAAAAGGCUCAAAGCUGCCAAAGGUGAUUCUAACAUGUAUUGACUCAGGGGGUUAAAUACUUAUCUAAUUAUGAUAUAUUAGUGUUUUAUUUUUCAAUUUUUUUAAAUAAAAAUGUUAGAAUUUUUCUUCCACUUUGACAGAGUAUUUUGUGUAGAUCAUUGAAUUUUUUUCAAUUGAAUCAAUUUUUAUUCUACAAAAUGUGGAAAAAGUCAAGGGGUGUGAAAAUGUUAUGAAGGCACUGUAUAUGAUGUUCCCAAAUGCUUAUUUUAUAACUUCCAUUCAACUACAUAAUUUCUUUCCCAAGACACUUAAUAAGAAAAUGAAUGUAGUUUAUCAUGCAGAUUUGUAGUUUAGACAUGUAUGUGUGGUUUUCAUAUGGUGUACUUUAAACUUAUCUAUGUUCAAUAAACACAAAAUGGGACUUUU